GUCCCCCGACCGUCGGGACUUGGUACGCUCCAACACAGAACCCUCUCCCGGCCAGCGGGGCCCAAGCUUGCGCCCCACUUCUCGCCGCUGGGAGACGCAGAGCCGCCCGGAAGUGGUGUCUCGUCGGCGCGCAUGCGCGGCGGGAAACCCGUGGGUAUCCGAUCCCAGCCCCUUUUGCGGCCAGUCCGGUACUUCGCUGUAGCUUUCCGGUCGCACGGACUGACCAGACGUAGCGGCUUUACCUCCCCUAGCAUCGCCUUCCCCCCCCCCCCCCCCCCCCCCCGAGCCUCUGGUGGUUCUUGUUUUACCGACCGCUCCACCACUUUCCCGCGCCGUCUUGCACCUUCAUCCCACCUAGAAUCAUGGCGACAGCUGAGGUACUGAACAUUGGGAGAAAACUCUAUGAGGGUAAGACAAAAGAAGUCUAUGAAUUGUUAGAUAGUCCAGGAAGAGUCCUCCUACAGUCCAAGGACCAGAUUACAGCGGGAAAUGCAGCCAGAAAGAACCACCUGGAAGGCAAAGCUGCAAUCUCCAACAAGAUCACCAGCUGUAUUUUUCAGCUGUUACAGGAUGCCGGUAUCAAGACUGCUUUCACCAAGAAAUGUGGGGAGAUUGCUUUCAUUGCACCCCAAUGUGAAAUGAUUCCAAUUGAAUGGGUGUGCCGAAGAAUAGCAACUGGAUCUUUUCUCAAAAGGAACCCUGGUGUAAAAGAGGGGUAUAAGUUUUACCCACCAAAAGUGGAGAUGUUCUUCAAGGAUGAUGCCAAUAAUGAUCCACAGUGGUCUGAGGAGCAACUCAUUGCUGCACAGUUUUGUUUUGCUGGACUUGCUAUAGGCCAGACUGAAGUGGACAUCAUGAGUCAUGCUACACAAGCUAUUUUUGAAAUACUGGAGAAAGCCUGGCUGCCCCAGAACUGCACGCUGGUUGAUAUGAAGAUUGAAUUUGGUGUUGAUGUAACUACCAAAGAGAUUGUUCUUGCUGAUGUAAUUGAUAAUGAUUCUUGGAGACUCUGGCCAUCGGGAGAUCGGAGCCAGCAGAAAGACAAACAGUCUUACCGUGACCUCAAGGAAGUAACUCCGGAAGGACUCCAGAUGGUAAAGAAAAACUUUGAGUGGGUUGCAGAUCGAGUGGAGUUGCUUCUGAAGUCAGACAGUCAGUGCAGGGUUGUAGUGCUGAUGGGUUCAGCUUCUGACCUUGGUCACUGUGAGAAAAUUAAGAAGGCUUGUGGAAACUUCGGGAUUCCGUGUGAACUCCGAGUGACAUCUGCCCAUAAAGGACCAGAUGAGACGUUGAGGAUUAAAGCAGAGUAUGAAGGGGAUGGCAUACCUACUGUAUUUGUCGCAGUGGCAGGCAGAAGCAAUGGUUUGGGCCCAGUGAUGUCUGGUAACACUGCAUAUCCAGUUAUCAGCUGUCCCCCCAUCACACCAGAUUGGGGUGCUCAGGAUGUGUGGUCAUCUCUUCGAUUGCCCAGUGGUCUUGGCUGUUCAACUAUACUCUCUCCAGAAGGAUCCGCCCAGUUUGCUGCUCAGAUAUUUGGGCUAAACAAUCAUUUGGUGUGGGCCAAACUUCGAGCAAGCAUAUUGAACACGUGGAUAUCUUUAAAGCAAGCUGACAAGAAAAUCAGAGAAAGCAAUUUGUAAAAAAAAAGGAAAGGAAGGAAGAGAAAAAAUUUACCUUUUAGGAGAAAAGUUACACAUUCCUAGUUUGGAUUAAAAAGGAAAGAAUUCAAACAAAAUGAUUUCACAUUAGGGAAAUCAAUUCAACUAACUACUGAACAAAUGGUCCUCUAGAUAUCACCCACUAUAUGAUCAUUGUUGGGCAGUUGUGUAACAUUAGCAAAGAAAUGUCCUUUAUGGAGUUGGAGCUAUGUCUCUGCUUAAGAAUCAGUGUGGUUCUCUUGCAGAGGACUGAGUUUGGUUCCCAGCAUCCGUGUGGAAUAAUAAUCACCUGUAACUUUUCAUUAUUUCUAAAUGCUAAUAAUGACUUUAUAUAAAUCAGUAGUUACUACUUGAUCUUCUAUAGUUCACUAUUUGAAAAUUAAAAUAUUUGUGUUGUUUAUG